AUGCCCCUUAUGCUGGAUAACGCCGUCCCGGUCGAUCUAAACGACGUGGAUGAUCUUUUUGGCGAUGGCGUCGGCCUGUCGCUUCCCGAUAGAUCGCAUGAUAGGCCGCUUUCACUCAAGGUGGAUGAUGUGAGAAGCCGUGGCUGCUGCCAGACUAUAGCCUGGUCGAAAUCCGGAACGGUUGCAACUAUCACGCCGGACGGCCAGUUCUUGCAGCUCCGCUUCUUGCGAUGCGACCCGGCUGACGGAGCGUGGGACCUUAGCAAGCCGACGACAUGUGAGCUUAUCAAGGGAUCUUCUGGUAUUCCCCUGGUUCACUUGGAGUGGGGGUCAACCAACGUCCCAGAGCUUGCAAUCAUUGAUGCGGUGGGAAGAGUUGUGAUAGUUAGCUUCUCCAUAUCUCUCAACCACCCUUUCAUCACGAGGAAGUACGACACAGACUCUAUCGACGAUGCAAACGCUGUGGUGGGGGCACAUUGGCUGGCAGUAGCGCCGCAGAACCAGCAGAAAUCGUACAACAUCAUGUAUGGACCAGCAACUCGAAAUGGCAAUAGCUAUCAGUAUGAGAGCUCCUUUGUUCACGCCGGCGGGCCAAGCCACCCCCAUUCAUCAAAGAGUGCUUUGUUUUGCGUCACAAUCAGCGGCAUGCUGAAAAUGUUUUGGUCACAAAACAAUAAUCGAAUGGAAGAGACUACGAUGGAGCUUGAGAGUGUAAACUCACUGGACGAGCUGGUCACGCAUGCGGCUCUUGCUUCCGACAAAAGAUAUCUGCUGGUUGCUGUUGCGACCUCAUCAAAGCAGCUCAGGCUGCUCAAAAUAGAGAUUCAAUGGGGCGGUCCUGGUUCGCAACCCGACAAAAACCCUCUGCCACAGAACGCUCGACUUAGCCCUUCGCUGGUCGAAAAGCAUCUCGCUGCUACGACGUGGCUGCAGACGGGACCCGGGGAUGCCGGCAAUGAUGCUUCCAUGGCAGAGCUAUCUCACUUGCACGUUCUCCCUUCCAUCAUUGAUAAUACUGGCAAAAGCACCGUCUCGCCCAUGAUUAUCGCCAUCAGGACGCGCACACCCACCUCUGGAUCCUAUCAAACCGCUCAGACCAUUAUUGACCGCUGGGAAGCGGUGAGCGAACAGCGCCACAACCUUCACCCAGCUUUUGAGCAGCUGGGAAAUCGAAGGAACAGCGAAGUCACAGAGCAGACGGCCUAUACGCGGCUGCGAAAAUUGGAACCGAUUACGAUUAACAAGGUGUUGAUUAGUUUUCAGCCCGCCCAGUUCGGAAAACUCUUGGUUUUGACCAUGUCUGACGGUACCGUUGAAUACCGAGAUCGAUUUACCUUUGAAGAAGUCUAUGCGACAGAAGAUACCAACAAAGUAAUGAACUUGCGUCAAGUUGGCUGGAAUUUUGGCGAGGAAGGAUCAUGCCAACAGGUCGCCUUUUCCCCAACUCACUGCUCCAUGGUCCAGAUGUCAGAUGAAGGGAAAAUCAAAUGGUGCAAGCUGCAAUAUCCGCUUGGCGACAUUGGAAAUUCCUUCCAAGAGGUCCGUUACGGGGCCACAAUAGCCGGCCUGACGGUAGCGGCUGCGUCUGCCCUGUGGCAUCAGGCUAAUUAUGACGACUUGCUCGCCAUUGUAGCGCCGUAUACAUCCAAGAGACGGUUUAUUCACGACUGGAUCACUGAGAUCAUCAAGGUCCUCAAGAUUCAAGUCGAUUACUCUGAAGAACUUCACCAUGAUUUGCUUAUGAGGAACACACCGCUUCAGAGUUGCCUGAGCUUCAUGAAUAGCUUGGGGUUUAAAGGGGAGACACAUCCCAGGACAUUCCAGGGCAAGUUUGCCAUGAUUGACCUCAAUGUGCGCAACGUCGUCGUUCUCAUCACCCUCGCAAUCAACACACCUGUAACAGUGCGGGAGAAGAUGAGUCCCCUGGAUGAACAUGAGGUUGUAGAAGCAUUAGCCGGCUGCGCCAAAUGGUCUCUAGAUUUGCUGUCAUGGCUCACUGACAGCCUAUUUUCACUGAUGAACGACAGUGAGUUCAUAGCGAGGCUGGAGCCCAAGCGUUUUGGAGAGGUGACGCCAUAUCUUCAAAAACGAAACGAUGUAUCGCUGCACCUCCUGCUCUCGUCAUCAAGCAGGAGCUUUCUUAUAUGUGUCUGCCGUAGGAUUGCUCAUCUGGAAUCUCUGAGCGAACGGGCGAUAGAAUUCUACCGAGGCCAGUCGGCGAAUAUGGACCAAACAGGCGGUCCCAAGAUGUCCAAUCCUAAGCUCCAGCAAGCCUACCAAAAGAUGCAGCAUAUUACAACAUCUAGCCUCGUUAAAGUCGCCGAUUUUGAGAAGCUGCUCAACGUCCUCGGUGGGGACGUUCGGCAGGCAUACCAGGCGUUUCUGCCAAACAUGAUUAAAAGCUCAAGUCAAAACCCCCAGGGAAAGCAAAUCGACCUGGCUGUUAAGGCAGCGCAGGUUCAGGUGGAGUUGAGUAUGCUCUUGGCUGCAGGGCCGCCGGCACCCUUCUUGCCUGUCAUUAAGAAGUUCUUUAGUAAAGAACUCCCUGCAUUCAGGGCCCUUUGCGACCCUUCAAAGCUCUUCUUUGCAAACUACGAUCUUCUCGGCGUCCAAGACGACGAGUCUAGCUUGGCGCGUAACGGCUCGAGAUUUGUCUACGUCGACCUGUUCAAAAGGGUGGAGAUGAAGCUCGGGGCUCAACAAUGGAGAAGAUGCACCCGCUGUGCCUGUGUGAUGGAAGACGUGUUCGGGAGUCGUCCCGGGUACAGCUUCGUAUUGGGGCAGCAGCGCAAAUGUGCUUGCGGUGGGUUAUGGGCAUUGUUGCCAAAGGGAAAGCUGAUCUUGUAA